AAUUACAUGUUUAGAAAUUUAGUAACAAUUCUAUCGUGCGUGGAUCGUGUCGAUUGAAUAAUAAAAAGUGACAGUCACCGCUCUCUGAUGACCUGUCAAAUUGCAUAAAAUAUAGAAAUUCUGUCACACAAACACAUUUCUUGUAUAUUUUUCUAUGUUCAAACAUGAGCGGUGAAAGAACAACACCUCAACGCAUUGGUCUUGAGCCAACAUUAAAAAAUAUUAUUGAGCAACAAACAUUAAAAUGGAUCUUUGUUGGUGGAAAAGGUGGUGUUGGAAAGACAACUUGCAGCUGCAGUUUAGCUGUACAAUUAUCAAAAGUACGUGAAUCUGUUUUAAUAAUAUCCACGGAUCCAGCACACAAUAUUUCUGAUGCAUUUAAUCAAAAAUUCUCAAAAGUUCCUACCAAGGUUAAAGGAUUCCCAAAUUUAUAUGCAAUGGAAAUCGAUCCGAAAGUUGGAUUUAACGAACUUCCCGAUGAAUAUUUUGAAGGGAACGAAGCAAUGAAAUUAAGUAAAGAAGUGAUGCAAGAAAUUAUUGGAACGUUCCCGGGUAUCGAUGAAGCUAUGAGUUUUGCCGAAGUUAUGAAGUUAGUUCAAAGUAUGAAUUUUUCGGCUGUGGUGUUUGAUACUGCUCCAACAGGACAUACAUUACGCUUAUUAUCAUUUCCACAAGUAGUUGAAAAAGGUUUAGGGAAAUUGUUGCGUUUAAAAUCGAAAUUAUUCCCAUUUGUCACACAAAUGUCUUCAUUAUUUGGCAUUAGUGAUUUUAAUCCGGAUCAAAUUUCAAAUAAAAUGGAAGAAAUGCUAUCAAUUAUUCGGCAAGUCAACGAACAAUUUAAAAAUGCGGAUCAAACAACAUUUGUUUGUGUAUGUAUCGCUGAAUUUUUAUCGCUAUACGAAACUGAACGAUUAGUACAAGAAUUGACAAAAUGUGAAAUGGAUACUCAUAAUAUAAUUGUGAAUCAAUUAUUAUUCCGACCGACAGACGCACCUCCAUGUUCAAUGUGUUCAGCGCGUGCGAAAGUUCAAGAGAAAUAUUUGGAUCAAAUAUAUGAUCUUUAUGAAGAUUUUCAUAUAACAAAAUUACCAUUGUUAGAGAAAGAGGUCCGUGGGGCAGAACAAGUAGCAGAUUUUUCACGUAAUUUAAUUGUACCUUAUAGUCCUUGAUAAAUUCUUAAUAAUCCUUGAUAUAUUUCUUUUUUUAUUAAUAUUUUUAUUCUAUUAUGUUUAUUAUUGUGUGUAUAAUAAUUAAAUAG